AUGAUAAGCUCGGUUUGUGUUUCGUCUUACCGAGGACGCAAGUCAGGCAACAAACCUCCGUCUAAAUCAUGUCUGAAGGAGGACAUGGCCAGAGGGGAAGACUCGGACAAAAUUGUUAUUAACGUGGGGGGAACUCGACAUGAGACCUACAAGAGCACCCUCAGGACCCUGCCGGGGACGCGCCUGGCAUGGCUGGCAGACUCGGAGUCGCAGGUCAGCUCCGAUUCAGACAUUACGUCCCCGAGUGCCACCGAGUUCUUCUUCGACAGACACCCUGGCAUCUUUGCGUAUGUGCUCAACUAUUACCGGACCGGCAAGCUGCACUGCCCGGGUGACGUCUGCGGGCCGCUCUUCGAGGAAGAGCUGGCGUUUUGGGGUAUAGACGAGACCGACGUGGAGCCAUGCUGCUGGAUGACCUACCGGCAGCACCGGGACGCGGAGGAGGCCCUGGAGAUAUUUGAACCGCCGGACCCAGAUGACACCGACGAUGAGAGAGACAUGCCGAGGAGGUUCGGCAUUGAAGACGUCCCCGAUAGGUCGAGAGGCUGCUGCGAAGUUUGGCAGCCAAAGCUCUGGGCCCUGUUUGACGACCCUUACUCAUCUAGAGCAGCCAGGGGAGUUGCACUCGCCUCUCUCUUCUUCAUCCUGGUGUCAAUCACCACUUUCUGCCUGGAGACCCACGAAGCCUUCAAUGAACUGCAAAACCGAACGGAGCUGGUUGUCAAGGGCAACAUCACAGAUGAAGUCCUAAGGAGUGAGAUGGUGACCAAGCCAGUUCUCACCCUGGUGGAGGGUAUUUGUGUAGUUUGGUUCACAUUUGAAUUCCUGGUGCGCAUCAUCUCCUGCCCAGACAAAGUAGUCUUCAUCAAAAACAUGCUCAACAUCAUUGACUUCGUGGCCAUUCUACCAUUCUACCUGGAGAUGGGCCUGAGAGGUCUGUCAUCCAAAGCUGCCAAUGACGUGCUAAGCUUCCUCCGCGUGGUACGGUUUGUCCGAAUCCUCCGGAUCUUCAAGCUGACACGUCACUUUGUAGGCCUGCGUGUCCUUGGUCACACGUUGAGGGCCAGUGUCAAUGAAUUCCUCUUGCUUAUUAUCUUCUUGGCGCUGGGUGUGCUCAUCUUUGCCACCAUGAUUUACUACGCUGAGCGGAUUGGAAUCAAGCCUGAUGACCCCACAGGCACCAAUCACACACACUUCAAGAAUAUCCCCAUCAGCUUUUGGUGGGCAGUGGUCACUAUGACCACACUGGGCUAUGGAGACAUGUAUCCACAGACGUGGCUCGGCAUGAUGGUGGGGGCGCUGUGUGCACUGGCCGGGGUACUGACCAUCGCCAUGCCGGUUCCUGUCAUCGUCAAUAACUUUGGGAUGUACUACUCGCUGGCUAUGGCAAAACAGAAGCUGCCGAAAAAGAAGAAGAAGCACAACCGGAACCCAGAUGCUCCAACUGACUCAGCCUCAUUUGGGAAGUCAGAAACAAACUCACAUAGAGACAGUACUCAGAGUGACACGUGUCCACUGGCUGCUGAGGAGAGCAUCAGUAGGAACCGCUCAGACUCCAAACAGAACGGGGAUGCAAAUGUCGCCCUUUCAGAUGAGGAAGGCUGCAGCCUGACCCAGCCGCUGUCCCCCAGUGAAAAGUGGACACUGCGGUGUUCCCGAGGCCGGGACAAGAAUAAGAAAGAGGGCACCUGCUUCCUCCUAACCUCUGAGAACCCCAGCAUUCAUACUGAGAGCCGUAAAGACAUCCUUGCUGCCACUGGAAACUAUGCUCAGCCGGAGGUCACCACUCUGACCUGAUGCUGAUUGGCUAUGAAAAGGAGAAAGAGCACGAGUUCCUCAGUGGUGUCCGUUUUCCUUCCUGAAUGAACUGCAGAAGAGAUUUCUUUAAUUCAGGAUAAGAGCUCCUUUUUUUUUUUGAGUUGCAUAGCACAUUUAUCAUAUGAACACUUAUUUACAUGUUAGGCAGCAUUUUGCAUGUACUGCAUGCUCAAGCAUUGUAUGAUACUACAAAAACUGGCUACCAUUCAUAUGUAUUUCAUUUAGUGCAUAUGUCAUAGCUUGACUCCAAGGUCCUGAAAACAAUUGGCAUAUUUUUAUUUUUAGUGGGGCGCUAUGUGAAUACACAUUUUUGUUCCAAAGUGAAGUUUUGGUCACGUCUUUGCCUGAUUUGAAGUGGGCACGGCUCAAUUUGAAAAAUGUGAUAUCACAUUCUUCUGAGUGC